CAACCUUUCUUUCAAUUUGGAAUGAAAUCCCUUGUGUUAAAAAUGAUGUUCAGCUGGUAAAAUGGUACCACCUUUAUUUAGGUGUGACGUAUGUACCUUUUGACAUUUCCUUUAAAUAGUAUGACUCAUUUGAUUUUUGUUUUUGUCUAUCAGCUGAGUGUACAUGGGAAGUUCCUAACAUCUGAGCUACAGAGAGCCUGCCUUCAUAAACUGGUGUUAGAUUCCUAUCAUCCUCAUUUGAUUUCCUGAUUUCUUUAGAUUUCGAAAUUCAACCAUUAAUCAUGAUGUCACAAGGAAAAACAAGCCUCCGUUUUGUCACCUGGAACACUCAUGGUAUAAGACACCCACCCGAAAAGUUUUCAAAUGUGUUGCAAUGUCUCAGUGAUCUUCAGGCUGAUAUUGUCUUUAUUCAAGAGACACAUGUUGGGCCGAAAGAUUACCAAAUUUUGAAAGACAUCAAAGAUUGGAAAAUCUACUUCACUGUACACAGCUCUUCCAGCAAAGGAGUUGCAAUACUGAUAAAAAACAAUGUACCUUUUAAGUACAUAUGCCAUGAUGAAGAUUGUAGUGGAGGUUACAUUGUACUGUUCUGUCAUCUGUAUGGUGAACUAUACACACUGGUUAAUGUGUACAAUCAUAAAGCAGACAGAAAUGUCUUGGGUAGACUGAAAGAGUACUUGAUGGAAACAGCUGAGGGUGUGCUAGUGGUGGGAGGUGAUUUCAACACAGUUUUACAUCCCCGCUUUGAUCGGAGUCCUUCAGAUUCAAAGCAUUCACCAUUUAGGUCUAUUCUGGAAAACUUUACUGUUUCUCUGCAUCUCAGAGACACCUGGUCAUACUUACACUUUGCAGAUGAGGGAUUUACACGCCAUCAAAAUGAAAGUCACUCAAGGAUAGACAUGUUUUUCAUGCACAGUGACACAAUGAGAAGAGUGUGUGAUGUCAAAGUAGAGGAAAAUGAAAUUUCUGAUCAUAAUCCUGUUGUCCUGGAACUUGAAGUGCAGAAACAGACAGGAAACAACUUUCCAAAAGUGUCCUUACUUAUUGAACACUUAACAUGGCCAACAGGAAAACCCAACAGGAUAUCAGGGAAGAUAAGUGGGGCAGAAAUACUGAGUGCCAUCAAGACUUUGUCUGACUCAGAAGAACAAAUGCCUGGUCAAAGGCAAGUGGAGUACUACAAAAGUCAUCAGUGUCCAGCUACAGAAACCCUAAAGAUAGAGUACAACAAAAUGUUAAAGAGAAAUUUUGUCUCUGAAGCUUUUAAAGAAUAUCAUCUUUCACAACACAGACAUAUCUUCAAUGUAAAAUAUUUGAUAUUCACUCAAAUUUUAGCCAAACGACUUAGUGCCUACAUUUCCCCCUAUACCAAGGAAAAGCAAGAAACAAAUCUUGCUACAUUUCUCACCGUAAUAUGUGACAGAGGCGUACAGAAAAUCAAGUCGUCUUUCCUUGAGACAAGCCUCAAUCUAGAAAGUGAAUGGAAAAAGAAACUGUGGUCCUCUGAACCCCCAGCAAAGUUCCGUAUUCUGGAGCACCUCCUUCCAGAAGACCAAGGCUCUUCUGGGGAACUCAGACUUUUGCUGCCUGACUGUCGGCUUACCAACGCUAUCCUUAAUUUGGCUCUGAAUAAACUAAAUUACAUUCUCAAUGAGGAGACGGAAUGCAGGAGCAGUGUUUGUUUUCAGAGACAGGUUCUACUGAUACACGCACACCAGAGCGAACAGGAGAAAGUUGUUGUGCUAGUCGAGAAAUUCCAAGAAGAUUCAGGAAUUACAGUUCGGAGAAUAUUUCACAUAAAUGAUUAAGAUGUUUAAAGCGCACAAAUGUGUUUGACCAAAUUACAUUUCAUUACAUUUGUAGACUUAGUCUUGUAGGAUUAAAACAAUCAAUAAACAAGUAAGGCAGACUAUUAAUUUUGUAUUGUCAUAAUAACUUUAAUUAAAUGACCUAAUUAAUGAUAGUUAGUAAACCUUUAAAAAAAUUUUCAAUGGCAACCACAGAGCAGGGUGUGUACAGCAUCUGCACUGUAAUUAUGUUGGCUUUGUAGAAGCCAACAUUCUGUUUUCCUACUUAAGCUUAUUAUUAUUAUUAUUAUUAUUAUUAUUAUUAUUAUUAGCCAAAAAUUUAUCCAGAGUAACUCCUCCUAGGGCUUUCGAGCCACAUGCACCAAAUUCGGAUAUGUCGUAGUCUGUAGUUUUCCCGUAGUCGACGAUGGAACGUCCCAUAGACUUGAAUUGGGAAUUCCUAAAAUUCCUCUAAGCUCUCACACACGCAGCGUGCCCAGAGCUCAGGCACGGCUUCUCUCCUGUGUUCUAUGCAGUAUAAUAAUAAGUAGAAUCCCAUAAUGACUGCAGUAUUGACGUGAAAUGUCCAAACCCUCAGGGUCCACUUUUUGCCAAAAGUAUUGGCACCCCAACGGGUAUUCUGGUGAC